CGGCCUGUGGAGGCGGAGGUGAUGCAUCUCAGCAGCUCCAAGAGCAGAGUCAUGCUGGCUCCCCUGCCGCGAGGUCCUGACACCUGUGAGGUGACAGCCAGAGCCCCGCUCGGCCAGGAGCCCGCCCAGAGAACAGUGCUCAGGGUGCUAACGGAGAAUGGACAGUACGGGAAGACCUGCGGCCAGGGCCUCACGACAGUCAGGUGCUUCUCGGGAGCAGAGAAUGUCUGCCCUCCAGCUGGAAAGAAGGUGGCCUCCCACUGCGGGGUGCACGUGCCGGCCAAGCAGGGCUUCGACAUCUACAUGGAUGAGCCCGAGCAGGGCGGGGACAGCUGCGCCGGGAAAGACAGGAUGGCAUUUGAGGACGUGUAUGAAGUGGACACCAGCACCCUCAAGUCAGACCUGCACUUCCUGCUGGAUUUUAGCGCAGUGUCCCCUAUGCUGGUAGACUCAUCUCUUCACUCCCAGUCUGAAGAUGCGCCCGAUGUUGGCACAGACAUGAUCAAUGUGACCGAGUACGCUGAAGAAAUUCAUCAGUACCUCAGAGAGGCGGAAGUGCGACACCGGCCCAAGGCGCACUACAUGAGGAAGCAGCCGGACAUCACGGACGGCAUGCGGAGGAUCCUGGUGGACUGGCUGGUGGAGGUGGGCGAGGAGUACCAGCUGCGGGCGGAGACGCUCUACCUGGCCGUCAACUUCCUGGACAGGUUCCUGUCGUGCAUGUCGGUGCUGCGCGGGAAACUGCAGCUGGUGGGGACGGCGGCCAUCCUGCUGGCUUCGAAAUAUGAAGAAAUCUAUCCACCCGAAGUGGACGAGUUUGUCUACAUCACUGAUGAUACUUACACCAAACGACAGCUGUUAAGAAUGGAGCACCUACUCCUGAAAGUCCUGGCUUUCGACCUGACGGUGCCGACCACCAAUCAGUUUCUCCUUCAGUACAUAAGGAGACAAGGAGUGUGCGUCAGAACGGAGAACCUGGCCAAGUACGUAGCAGAGCUGAGUCUACUGGAAGCUGAUCCGUUCCUGAGAUACCUCCCUUCACUGAUAGCUGCAGCCGCUUACUGCCUGGCCAACUACACUGUGAACAGGCACUUCUGGCCGGACACCCUGGCGGCCUUCACAGGCUACACGCUGCGCGAGAUCGCCCCCUGCCUGCGCGCGCUGCACCAGGCCUGCCUCGCCGAGCCCCGGCGUCCGCAGCAGGCCGUCCGGGAGAAGUACAAGACUUCCAAGUACAUGCACGUGUCUCUCAUGGAGCCGCCGGCCGUCCUUCCUCUGCAGUGA